CAUGCACUGGGGACAAGGCAACACGGUUCAGUAACGAUAUCAGCAAAACCAGGAAAUGUCCAAACACAGGGAGAGCAUCAUGUCACGAUCGAUUUAUAAGCAAAAAUGUCGGUUGGAACCGGUACCAGAACCACAUAGGGGACCUUACAUUUAAGAGGUUUAAUAACUGGGGCAGAAAGGAGAGUGUUGUUGGGCUACAUUACAAAAACAACAGAGGGCAUUGUUGACAAAGAAUGCAAUGUAUUCAUUCAGUAAAGGUUGUUCAAUAAAAGGAUCAGCAUUAACAAGGGAGCUCUUGGGCCAGUACAUCUCAGACACCCUCAGCCACAUUCACAGAGUGAGGGAGUUCUGUGACAGGCAUUCCAAAUGGGCCCUUCAGAGGGAGACAGAACUGGAAAUGAUGAGGGACAUCAAGGAGAGGGCAGACAGAAUUGACCUUAAGUUCGACCAUGUCCGUAACUCAGCGACCAAGGCCAAGGCGUUUGGGGAGUUCGUAUGGAGCGGUCUGACCCAGGUGACUGCAGACAGUAGGCGUGAGGAGCUGGAGAAGGAGCUGGGAGCUGUACUAAAGGACACUCUGGGAGGCCUGGAGAAGCUGGAUUACUUCCUGGAUGCUGUGGAGUGUCUGGCGGUCACCUGUCUGUUGGUGUUUGAGGAGAACAGGUUCCUCUGUCUGCCUCAGGGGACGAGCCCUGCCAGUGUUCAGGCUGUCAUCAUUGCUGCCAGAAUGGCCUGCCCUCUCCUCAUCUAUUUUAAGAGGGAUGCUAAGGCCUUCUUUAUUCCCAACCUCCUCAAUGUAGAGGUGCUGGCCUGCCAACUGGAUAGAUACAUACAAAUCAGCCAGCAGGUCUGUAAAAGGAUGGAGAAGGGAUUACAGAUCAUACCACAGUCUGAGAAUAAACUUGGUAGCUACAUCAGUCAAAUGCUGUUUUGGAAAAAGAAGAAUGACAUCCCUGUGGUCAACCUUGGUGCUGAUGUGAGUGAAGAGUCCAUACAAAAGAUGCUGGACCAUUUGAAUCAGCUGAGUGAUAUCAGGAUGGACCAGAACCUCAGACUGACGUUCUUGUUCCAAGGGGCUGCUCAGCGCUUCAUUGGUCAGUUCAGCCAGCGCCGGCCCAGGAUGGAGCAGUUUCUGACCGAGUUGGAGGAGAGUGCUGUGCAGCUGGACAGGAUGAAGCUGGGGGCUAAGAUCUCCAGUGUGGCAGGCAGCUCAGUGGGGGUGGCUGGAGGGAUCCUAUCCAUCGUGGGCAUAGCUCUGUCCCCUGUCACUGGUGGAGUGUCACUGGCCCUCACAAUUGCAGGGGCCAGCCUGGGGGUCACCAGUGGGGUCAACAGUAUAACCACUGGUAUCACAGAGAUGAAGGUCAAUAGCAUCCAUGAGAAGAAAGCCAGUGAAAUAUUCCAAAGUUUCAUGGAGGAUGUGGAGAGUCUCCAGGAGUGUCUUGAGGAUGUGGCCAGGAAUAUGAAGCCCAUCCUGGAGCAGAGCAGGGUGGAUGUUGUGCUGGGAGCAGGGAAGGUGAUUGCCACAGCCGGGGCCAUCGGAAAAGGCAUCGACUUCAUAAUGGACUGUGCCUCAGCUCUGAGUGUGAAGGCCUUUGCUAAUGAAGAUCUGAUCGCAAGCGCUGGUAAGCUGGUGUUCCAGGAAAGCAAAGCAGCACGAAACCUACCCAAGCUAGCAGGGGACAUCCCGGACAUUGGACAGGUGGCGAAAGGCACCCCACUAGCCCUCUCCAGCUCGGCGCGGGCUGGUUUCAUCACCUUCAACGCCCUCUUCAUUGGCCUGGAUGUCUUCUUCAUCUGUAAAGACAGCGUCAGCCUGGCCAAAGGCAGCAAGAGUGAGAGAUCCAAGCUCAUCCGUGCCAGAUCAGCAUUGUGGCGCACAGAGCUGGACUCCUGGCAAAGGAUCCAUGACUCGCUGUGUAGAGGAAUUUGGAAGUCCAGGAAGUGCCAGAGAAUCCUGGAGCAGCCAUUUUACCCUCUGGAGCAGAAUCUGAAAGAGAAAAAAUCUAUGUGUAUGACACAGUAGGUCAACGUCAAUGACUUACCAGUUUUAAGAUAGGGCCUCUCAAACAUACUGUACAGUGGCACUUGGAAUGUUCAACAGUCAAAAAUAGAUGUCACAAAGUACUUUAAUUUUAAUGAAUCAUUCUAUACACAAGAGUCUACAAAACAAAAAUGAAGGUAAUUUGAUGAAAUGUAUUCAGUUUAUUACUUGUUCAGAGUAGUCUGUUUAAUGUCAUGCCCUGUUUACAAUGUGUUCAGUCAAAAUACUGAAAGUGAAAUGUAAUAAUGUUUCUAUGAUUGUGCUGCUGACAUGUACCUUCAUAGACAGAAGACAUAUUCCUCACUUCACUGGAAGUUGAAGAUGUCUUGCUAACAGGCAAUGAAACAUGUUAGUACAAUUUAUUCUGAUGUUGACUUGUGUGGAAAUGUUAUGAAAUGGACUGAUCAUGUCUGGCCUUUUUUGUGUUAAUAAUAAUAGGCCUACUUGCUGGUAUUCUGAAGGGGGAAAUAUAUAUAAAAAGUGGUCUUUGGUACUGCAUUCUCAUCAUGACAAUUUAAUACCAGACAUCAGUGAUCCUGGCCUCCUCCAGGAUCGCCGUGGACGAUUUCCCUCUGGACCCCCAGAGAGGAACCCCUCCCAACUAGGCGUCUUCCACUGUCACCUGCCUCUCGGAAUCCUUGCCCUGCCUCCUCACCGCCUCCCUGGUUCUCACCCACACCACGUCAAACACCCCUUCUGCCUAGGAUGCCAUUUCCCACAGCACUCUUCCCCGCCUCUCUCCGAUAAGGAUUAUUCGCAACCCUGAGACCUCAGAGGGACUGCUUGGCCUAAAUGAACAAACAGAAUAACAUAGUUCUAUUUUAUUGCAUAUCUCUUUAAACAACCUUUUCUCACAGUAUGUACUAUAGCUGAAAAUUAAAAUCACUAAUGAGAUCAUUACAAUCAUUGUAUUGAGAUUGUCAGGACAGUU